AUGCUGUGGAAGCUGUACCGCGCGACGCCCAAGAGCAAGGCGCAGCAGACGGUGACGUCGGAGGUGUGCGUGUGGUUCCUCGACAAGAAGGAGCUCUCGGAGGAGCGCUCGCACCGCGGCAUGAGGUCCGUCGGAGGGUGGGGAGGGGGAACAGGAGCAGCAGAGCAGGCAACCCCUUUCCCGUAUCUGCGCUCCUUGGCCCUUUCUCCCCGCGCCUCGCGCACUUCGCGCUGUUCCCCCGCUCCCGCGCGCAGCAAGGCGGCGGAGGACCGACUGCUGGACAUAUUCCGCGCGGACGCGAAGGUGCUGCAGAAGCUGCGGCACCCGGGCAUCGUGCGCGUGGUGGAGGCGCUGGACGAGAGCAAGUGGGCCAUGGCGAUGGUCACGGAGCCCGUCUUCUCCUCCCUCGCCAACGCCCUCGGCAACCUCGAGAACCUCUCCACCAUCCCGAAUGAGCUGGAGAAGCUGGAGCUGGGGCAGCUGGAGGUGAAGCACGGGCUGAUGCAGCUGGCGGAGACGCUGAGCUUCAUCCACCGCAACGCCAACAUCAUCCACCGCGGCAUCAACCCCGAGACAGUGUUCAUCACGAAGAAUGGCGGGUGGAAGCUGGCUGGGUUUGGCUUCUCCGUGCCCGCUGACCAACAGCCCGACCCCGAUGAACCCGCCUUCCUCUACCCUGACUUUGACGUGGACGACCAGGUGCUGCCCUUGCAGCCCCUGCUGGACUACGUGGCACCGGAGCUCACACGGCGCCCCACCAUCAACCGCUCCUCCGCUGCCGCCUCCCGGGACGCGCUGGCCAGUGUCGACGUCUUCUCCCUCGCGCUGCUCGCCUUCCAGCUCAUUGCGCGGCGCCGCCUCGUGCACGCCAACAACAACCUGCGCACCUACAACAACAGGGUGGCGGGGCUGAGGACCGAGUCACUGGCGGGCAUACCCAUGGAGCUCGAGACGGACCUGCGCCGCAUGCUCGCCCCUGAACCCGCCGCCCGCCCCACCGCCUCUGAGUUCGCCGCGUCACCUUUCUUCACGGAGGACAUGCGCCUGCGAGCCCUCAGAUUCCUCGACCAAAUGAUUGGUCGGGACAACAACGCGAGGGUGGAGUUCCUGAAGUCGCUGCACAGCAUAUGGGCGGGGUUUGACAGCCGAGUGCUGCGCUUCAAGGUGCUGCCGGCCCUGCUAGAGGAGCUGAAGAACCCCGCCACGCAGCUGCUGGCGCUGCCGUGGGUGCUGGAGGUGGCGGAGGCACAGGACGCACAGGACUUUGAGCUGCGCACUCAGACGCUGCUGCUGCCCGCCAUGGAGCAUGCGGGUGGCGACGUGCUGCUGCUCUUCAUCAAGCACCUCCCUGCUAUCGUCUCCAAGGUGUCACCAGCCAUCCUGAUGUCACAUGUGCUGCCCAUGAUCGUGCGCGCCUACGAGGACGCCGACCCGCGGCUGCAGGAGGAGACGCUGCGGCGCUCAGCAGUGCUGGUGUCGUCGCUGGACUUUGAGAUCGUGCGCACCGUCAUCAUGCCGCGCGUGCACAUGCUCGCCCUCCGCACCUCCGUCGCCGCUGUGAGGGUGCAGGCGCUCAUAUGUCUGGGCGACCUGAUACCCAACCUGGACAAGGCGGCCGUGAUGGACAUUCUGCAGACGUGCGUGCGCUGCGCUGCUGUCGACCGCUCCCCGCCCACGCUCAUGUGCAUCGUCGGCAUUGCUGACAUCAUCCAGAGGCAGUACGGAAUAGAGUUUGCAGCAGAGCACAUACUGCCGCUGCUGUGUCCCAUGCUCGUGGUGCAGCAGCUCACAGGCCCGCAGUUCGCCCGCUUCCUCAAACUCAUCAUGGACGUCCUCACCAAGAUACAGGACAAGAGGGGCGUGUCGUUGAGUGAGGCGGACUCCAUAUCGCUCGACCUCGCAUCCAUGGGCAUCUCCACUCCCUCCGAUGCCACUGUUGCCUUUGACGACAGCGCCAAGCCGCCGGCAUGGGACGCACAACCAGACUGGGCCAAGACACCCGCCUCCUCCGCUGGCCCCUCUGCCGCCCCCUCCUUCUCAGACCCCUUCGCCUCCGCGCCCCCCAUCUCGUCCACCCCCGCUUCCUCCGCCUCGUCUGCCUUUGGCACGUCAGACCCCUUCGCGUCCUCCACUCUCUCCGCUGCACCAUCCCCCAGCCUUGCUUCCCUCUCUGCCAAUCCCACAGCCGGCAUGGGGGGCAUUGGCGGGGGUGGGUUGGGGGGAAUAGGAGGAGGCGGAAUUGGUGGCAGCAGCAGCAUAGGCGGUGGGGGUAUGGGGGGUCUUGGUAGCGGCUUGGGAGGGCGGUUAGUGGGGGCGCCUAUGGGAGGAUCGCUAGGAGGGGGGUUGGGAGGAGGCACAGGGUUUGGUGGGGGACUGGGAGGAGGCAUGGGUGGGGGGUUGGGAGGGAGCGCAGCAUCAGGAGCAGGAGGGGGUGCAAGUGACCCCAACGACCCCUUUGCAGACUGGCCUCCAAGAAAACCGCAGGCAGCAGCAGCGCCAGCGGCACCAACAGCUGCAAUGAGUGCCGCCCCGCGUCCCCUGGGCGGAGUGUCCAAGGCCAGUGGGCCACUUGACAUGGACGACUGGGGCGGCAGCUCCUUCCAGUCUGCCGCCCCGCCUGCCACUGCUGCCGGCACAGGGAUGGGAGGCACAGGCAUGGGAAUGGGCAUGGGCAUGGGCAUGGGAGGAGGCAUGGGGGGUGGGGCCAUGGGAGCAGGCAUGGGUAUGGGAAUGGCUCGGCCAAUGGGUGGCGUUGGCAUGGCUCCAGGGUUUGGGGCUUUCCCUGCUGCUCCCAUGGCUCCCAUGGGUGGCAUGGCUGCUGCUCCUCCUGCUGGCGGCGCUGUGUACGGUGCGAUGCGGUUUGCCCCUCCGCCAUCGCAGGGCUUCCCUGCCCCCCCUGCAUCUGCUGCCAUGGGCUCUGGCUUCACGCCUCCUCAGCGCCCUGCUGCUCCCCCGCAAUCUGGAGGUGCUCUGAUGGACCUCCUGUGA